CGUGCUCGUUUUGCUCGAUCAGCCGCGACAGGGAAACGUUUCUCGCCCUCUCUGCAGUGUCUCCGUCGAAAUAUCGAUGGUCACUUAAUUAAAAAUUGUAACUGACUUUGUAGAAACAAUCGUUUGUGAUUCGACGUGUUUCCCGAUGAUUAUGAGCUACAGAGUGUGACAUGUUUCGCUGUAUGUGACGUUGUAUCUCCGAAUGGACGAGUUAACGUUCGAGAGUGGGCGAAAGGAGACUGUAACGUAGAGUUGGUUUACUCUUAAAAAUGAAUCAAGAAAAGUGACUGGAGUUACUGAAAUAUGGAAAUAAUAUUAUCUGUGAAAACUAACGUUCGUUUAAACUAUCACGGCUUUCUUUUAUUCUACAUGAUAAGACGUAUUUCAGAGUGGUAAAGCGUAUCACAUGUGUAGAUACACCGUCUGAGAUCUACUCUUUAAAAAGAUACCUCAUUACCUGCUUGCGAAUUAAAGAAUAAGAAAUCUCGAUAGAAAAAUCGCCAAUCGCGAUACAUGUUCUGAAUCAAAUAUUAUCGCGUUGAUAUCGUCAAAUAUUAAGGAAGGUCUUUAAAUGUUUCAUCUCGACAAGCGAAAGAGCUGCUAAUUUUUACACACAAAUUUUACCGUAAAAUCGGAGUCUCCUGUAUGUUCCUUAAACACGAGGCGUUGUUCGUCGAUAGGAAGACUCGAGAAUAGCAGCGUGGAAAGGUUCGCAUAGGCCACUGCGGGAGUUGCGAUGCCAACGUAUCACAAUGCGGGUGGCGGAUACCCGAAUGUGUCAGCGCCAGCGCGACAAGCGAAGCUCGAUGGCAAUCAAAAUCACCAUACGAUCCCCUCAAACGUAACAUCCCAUCCCCUUAUACAAAAUAGCACGCAACACAACGUUCCUUCCAACUUGUCUACAAGUAACAUUCCGUCCCAUCCAGUAUCACCGACGAUGACUACGCAUUCGAACGUCACCUCUGCUAAUAUAACCAGUCACAUGAACACCGGCUCACCACCGGUAAUCCUCACCUCGAACGUCACCAAUCCUAGCAAUCCUGCUGCGUUAUCGGCGAAUCCGAGGCACGAGGUCAAACUCAACGCUAUGCCAUGGUUCCACGGGAAGAUAUCGAGGGAAACUGCCGAACGAUUGUUGCGGCCGCGCGAGGACGGCCUGUUCCUAGUCCGGGAGUCGACGAAUUUCCCUGGCGACUAUACGUUGUGUGUGUGCUACGAGGGCCGUGUCCAACAUUACAGAGUGCAAUACACGAACAAACAAUUAACUAUCGACGAAGAAGAAUUUUUCGAAAAUCUGGCCUUGCUGGUCGAGCAUUACGAGCAGGAUGCCGAUGGAUUGUGCACGCAGCUCACCAAAUCUCUGCCUAAACAGGGCAAACAGGACUUCUGCGUGGAUCUAAAGGCGUUCAUCGAUGCUGGUUGGGUUAUACAAACCCAUGAGCUUGAAUUGAGGGAGUGUAUCGGCAAAGGAGAGUUCGGUGACGUGUUGCUGGGCGUUUAUCGGGGCGAAAGGGUCGCCGUGAAAAUGCUGAAAGACAACAGCGAGGCGGCGCAGAGGUUUCUGGCCGAGGCGAGUCUCAUGACCUCGCUGAUCCACGACAAUCUGGUCAAACUGCUCGGCCUUGUUUUCAAUAAUCAACACAUGUACCUGGUUACGGAAUAUAUGAGUAAAGGAUCCCUGGUGGAUUACCUGAGAUCAAGAGGGAGACUGCACGUUUCCAAGAAGGACCAGAUCAACUUCGCGUACGACACGUGCGCAGGCAUGGCGUAUUUAGAAUCCAGACACGUAGUGCACAGAGAUCUGGCCGCGAGAAACGUUCUCGUCGCGGAGGAUAACUCUGCGAAAGUGUCGGAUUUCGGUUUGGCACGGGACGAAAAUUUUUCUCUCGAAGGAGGGAAGCUGCCCAUCAAAUGGACUGCACCAGAGGCUUUAAAGCAAAAUAAGUUUUCAAAUAAGUCUGAUAUGUGGAGUUUUGGAAUACUCUUGUGGGAGAUCUAUUCCUUUGGACGUGUACCAUAUCCACGAAUUCCACUAGCCGACGUUGUGAAGUGUGUGGAAAAGGGAUAUAAAAUGGAGCCACCUGAUGGUUGUCCUCACGAAGUUUACGAUAUCAUGAGACAAGCAUGGGACUUACAACCUGAAAACCGACCUACUUUUUACGAUAUAAAAUUAGUGCUGGGUCAACUGAAAGCUGAAUACACCAAAAGUGUGAAUUGAAGAAAAGAAAAAAGAAAAAGAAGAACUACUGCUACUUAUUAUUCUUAGAUUAAAAUAGAAAAGACACAAAAGAAGGAAUUAGAAUUUUCGAGAUUUCUUUUUUCUUUAAGUCAGGGUCAAAGGUAGUGGCUCUAAAUGCUUUUGCUAUAAAAAGCAAUUUUCUAUUGUACAUUUUUUAUUAUACAAAAGUAGAAUCUGCGUUGCUUGUAUUUAUUGUUACAUUAUUACUAUCGCUAUUAUUGUAAUUUUUAUUUUUAAAGAUGUUUCUUUGGUUUUCAUAUUCUUUUACAAAAAUACUUUUCAUAUAAAUUAAUAUACAUCAAUCGUGCCUUUGGCCAAGUUGUAAUUCUUGAACGAAAGAAGUUCAACUUGUACAUCCGAAAUUCAGGUAACACUUGAAAGGAUAUUCACAAUACGAUUCUUUUCCUUUUUUAAUUACUUUUCUUUUUAGUUCUUUUCCAUCAUUGUCGUGUAUUUGUGAGGUCGAGUAUGGCAGUCUUUAUAAAGCUGCUUAAUCUCGUGGUUUUUCGAGCAAUUUUCGUCAUUGUCAUGACUCGAGAAAUAUUUCCAGGUGUAAGAAGCGCCUUACAUUGAACUGAAUUUAAAGAAAAUGAGACGUAAUUAUUCAUGAUAAAUACUUAUUACAAAGUAAUCUUUUGGACUUAACUUGUAUAAGGAUGGAUAUAUUGGAAUUUUUUCACUUACGUGUAACGGUAGAACAGAAAAAAAGGUAACUAGAUUUUUAUCGUCGACGGUUUGUCAGAGAGAUGUUUGUAUCGUAUUAUAGUGACUGUAGAUUACAAGUACUUGUUAGUCGUAUACGUUUUUUUUAAUCAAAGAUUUGUCAUAGGAAGUAUUAAUUUUUAACUAAAUUAUUGCAGAAUAUUAUACAUGAAUAUUUAAGUUUCCCCUGAGAUAUUUGACUAUAUAUUAGUGAUGUAAAUGUAUUUGUAAAUACUUUUGUACAUAUCCGAUUAUCAGAAUGGGAAAAAUAAGAAGAAUUAAUAUUUCCAAUACACAGAUUGAUAUUGGUUAGAAGAUUUAACAAGAAUCGUCUAUAUGUUUUUGUUUUUAGUUUUUAAGAUGGUUACUUUACAUAACUAUCCGAAUGUCCAUAUUUCAAUUGCACUACCUGGCGCAAUGAUAUAGAGAAAAAAAAAGAAAGGAUCGGAUAAUUACAUAUUUAAAGUAAUUAAACCGUAGGCGUUUCGUGUUAUUCUAUCUUCCUUCUGUAAUAUAGGAACCACCACUUAUUUAAUAUUUUCUCCAAUGGUUAUAACGGACUAAUGAUAUUUAUUCGUAGAGGAUAGGUAGUUUCCAGCGAAAUAGAAAAAAAAUAUGACAAAUGUUGAAGAGAUAGUUUCUUGGUUCGCUAUAAAAACUGGAAGAUGAUUGGUAUACAAAGUUUGUUACUCGAUAUCAGGUUUUGGAUCUAAUUUACAUAACUUCCAUCAGAAUUAUAUACGCAGAGACUUAUUAUCCGAAAUCAAAGCCAAUGUACUCAGUUCCUCGCAUUUUUUCAUUACUUGCAAUAGUAUCCGAAAGAAGGACCGUCAUGACUGAACCGAGCUUUGUAAGAACGAUAAUAAUCCUUAACGAUAGACCGAAUCUGUUUCGCGAAAGUGCGUAUCUAGUUUGAGUCGUAGAAUAGUCGUAAUAAAUAUGUAGCGUAUUUAUAAGCGUACCAGUCCGUUUAUAACUUCGAUAGCAUGUAAUAUAAUGUAUAUGGCUCUAAUCCAGUACCUAACGUUUUUUCGAUGAUACUACAUUUGUCGACCUCUAUUUACGACUAUGAAGACAUUCAUGGAUGCAUAUUUCACAUCCAAACGUAAUCCAUAUCGAAUGUCAGUUCUCCCCUUGCUUUGGUAUUUCUCACGUUUCUACGUUGAAUAUCGAAACCCUACAUUUUGUUAUAUCUUUUUUAAGCCGCAUCGUAUUCACAGUGUGGUGUGACAAACGUUACUUCAUAAUUAUCCUGUGUAAUUUAACAUAUAAGCGAGAUUUUUGUUACAGAUCAGCAUUAAGCUUUUAUGAGUGCGACCAGUGUGUUAGAUUCGUUUAUUUUUUACUUAUGAUAAGUUUGUUAGUUUGUAAGAAAUUUAAUAUAUAUAUAUAUAUACAUAUUGAAUAACAAAUUAUACGAUAUUCAUGAUUCGGAUGAGUUCGCUAAAGUUUGUCCAAAAUUUAUUGAUUAUUCAAAGUUACAUCCUUGACUCUGGAUAAACUAACAAGCGAGGUAUUCUUCUUUUCUAAAGCUAUCAAACGCUUCGAUUUUUCUUUUUUUUUUUCUUUCUUUUUUUAAGACAAAAUGUAAGUUCACGUGUUUCUAUAUCUAUGUCUUUAAGACGGGAAACGAAGAACAGAAUCAGCGUUAUAUUGGGAUUCGGAUAUGGUGUGAGGUUUCUCUUUCUUCGAUGAUCUUGAUCAACCAAUUGAUCUUGGACAGACUAUAGUUUACAAUGCACGGAUGUAUUUGAAUCUGAAAUGUCUGCAGAACUGAAUGCCUUUACGUUAACGUGGAUGACUGUGACAAUGCACGUGCAUGGGCAGUGCACGUGAAGUGAAUUUACAUUAAGAAAGUUUUCAUUCUGGCCUCCAAGAUAAUUCGACCCGUAUGAUUUUGAGGGUGUAGAAGAGCGUUUGACCUGUAUGGCCGCGUUGUUACAAAGUAUACAUUAACGAUUCUAAAGAUUCUCAGUAGACAGUUGACCACAGCUAUAAACUGUGGUUCAUCGAUCAGAGAUAACAGCCGUUAAACGAAGCAAAUUAACGAUUAAUAAAACGGAAGAAGGUGUACUGUAUUCGUUCACCGGUUACAAUUAUUUCCAACUACGAGACAAAUGUGUAUAUUCGCCUAUUGACAAUGUGUUUCUUUUUCUCUUUGAGAGGAUCAUUUAUAUAUCGUGUGUACACUGAUACGUAAAGUUUGCGUUUUUCUUUUUUUUUUUUUAUCGAUACGAUUGGGUCAUCCAAAGACACCAAACGAUCAGAGAGCAUUUGUACGAUGUUCCGGAGAAGUACAACUUUCAAAGAAAGGAGAUACUAGUUGGAAGAAAAUUUCAUUUCGCACAAAAGUAAAUCUAUAAGAUAUUCGUUUGUUCUUAUGUCAUUAUUUCUCCAUUUAAUGUCCAACGUUAUACUUUACUGCCAAACGCUAAUAAAAUCGUGAUAUUCAUUCAAA